AAUUUUACCUGAUCCUAAACACAACUAUCCCCUAAAUGCACUGUGCUAGAUAGCUACUAAGGUGGCCACUCCGACCUGAAAGAUCAGAAAAGAGUAAGGGUGGUGGCAUUUUCAUAUUCAGACAGUUUUCAGCCCUCGUGCAGCGCAUCACCACAGGUCAUGUGGUGCAUUUCGUGGCGCUGCCCCACCGAUUCGGAGCGAGCUGUGCAGUCCUCAAACUUUUCAGCGCACUCAAACUCUCAUGUGUUCAGACUAGUAAAAUAAGUCCGUCCUUUCUCGUUCCUGCGCAGGAAAGUUGCCUGCGCAAACUAUGUGCGCUGACUGCCCAACUCCCUCAGUGAAACUGGACCCUGUCGGCCAAACUUCAAACCGCGGCGAGAUGGAGUCGCAGAGAAAGCUGCGCUCGGGUCACCGUGGUCAAACUGUUUGUCAGAAGGGAUGUGGUCUUCUGCUGAGCAGGCUCAACAUCAACACAGAGGAGCACUGUUGUGUGGCGGCGCUCCGCGCGGUUACCGACGCGCUGGAGGAAAGAAGCGCAACUUUAGAGCAUGAAGCCCGGGUGGCGAGGCUCAGGUGGAACAGGAGGGAGCAGACCCUGUUGGCUCAGGUGAGAACAGUACAGAACGAGGCUCAGCUCGCUGCUCUCAGGUACCAACAGAGACUGCAUCGAUACUUGCUGCACAUCAACAGUAUCGCAGAACAGAUCGUUGGAUAUUGCAAGAGUGACUUCAGCACAGCCGCUGACAUGGAAAGCCAGAUAGCAGAUAAAGCAGACAGAGAGCUGUUGGGAAAUAUUAAAGCCCCUCAGGUCAAUGGGAAUGAGUUGUCCAAAUCCAGCCAUGAGGAGACUUUGGAGGCCUUUCGAGCUGCCAAGGAUCCCGUCGUGGUGCAGGUCAUCAGGCGCACCCCCAGCGGCCGCCCCCAUGGCCCCCCUCAGGAAAUCCAUGUGGUGGAUGUGUGCACUCAGACCGACAUCACCUUUGAACACAUCAUGGCGCUGGCAAAGCUCCGGCCUUCGACCCCUCCUGUGCCUGACGUCUGUCCCUUCCUGCUCUCUGACAGCUGUCAUUCUCUUCAUACAAUGGACCAGGAUUAUUAUGAAGGGACAGACUACUUCUCCCCGGUUCCAGCUGAUGGAGAGAGGACAGAGGAAUUUGAGUAUGAGGAGGUCGAACUUUGUCGACUCAGCAGUCAAGAGAAGUUGGGGCUAACCCUGUGCUACAGGACAGAUGAAGAAGAGGAUGUGGCUAUCUAUGUUAGUGAGGUCAGUCCAAACAGUAUUGCUGCCAGAGAUGGACGCAUCCGUGAGGGGGAUCGCAUUUUACAGAUUAAUGGCCAAGAUGUACAAGACAGAGAAGAAGCAAUGGCUGCUCUCUCCAGUGAUGAGUGCAGGAACAUUGUACUUCUGGUUGCCAGACCUGAGAUGCAGCUGGAAGAGGCCUGGCUGGAUGAUGAGCACAGUGAAUUUCUAGAGCAGCUGAAGAUGGAAAUGUUGGAGGAGCAACAGAGAGAGGAGAUGGAAUUAGCUGCCUUACAGGAGGAGCAGGAGAAUGAGCAGAGAGCAGAAGAUGAAAAACCUACCUGUUCAACACUCCCUUAUCUAAAGGACAAUAUACGGAGUAUAAAAGACAAAAUAGAGAGUUCAGAACAAAAUGUCUUGGCACAAAUCCAGAGACGUUUGUCCCGGUGCCUGAGAGACAAUCGGGACACGCACUGCACCAAUGGUUCCCUAAGGCUGGAGGACAAAGAUGAUGAGGAAGAUGAUGAAAUGAAGGGUGAUCAUUUCCAGCAACUCUUGGAACUUAAGUGUCAGAUUCGAAACAGUGGCGAGUACGACCUGUUCUACAGCCGCCGCAGCACCAUCGAGUGCAGCAUGGGGGAGCAGGGCAGCGUUCAGCAUGAGCUGCGGAUGCUCAAUGAAGAGCUGCGCAGCAUUGAGCUUGAGUGUCAAAACAUCAUGCAGGCCCAUAAGCUUCGUAAGGGUCAGCAAUCUCCCUUAACUGGCCAUUCUGUGCCCUCCACCAAAAAUCAAAGCCCUCACCUUGGAGAGUCCCCAAGGAGUAAACUAGCUGACAUGAAUGAGAGGCUGGAAAAAUCGGAUAAAGACAGCUCCAGUGCCUAUAACACUGCAGAGAGUUCCCGGAGCACUCCUCUGGCAAUGGACCGGUCCCCAGAGCACUCCCUCCAGAGAAUGGUCAGUCUCACCAACCAGAGGAACCUCUGCAGCGGCCUUGCAACUGGACAUUCUCCUAGCCCAAGCCCCAUCCCACCAUGCCGUGCCCCUGUCCUGGGCAAGAGCAGCAGCCCUGACCACAGCAAUCCUUCGGAGUCAGACCAGACACCUCAGGCUGAGGAGGAAAGCAGAGGGAAGUUGAAGCAAUCUAGUUCUCGAAAUCCUUACUUCUCUCCUUCCCACAGUUCCCAGCAAAGGCAGGCCAACAUCCCAGCUCACGCCCGCCACUACCAGAGCUACAUGCAGCUGAUCCAGCAGCGCUCUGCUGUAGAGUAUGCUCAGAGCCAGCUCAGCCUGCUAAGUGUUUGCAAAGAGCCUCAGAGACCCAUUAAUGAGCCCAAGAUGGAGUGGAAGGUCAAGAUCCGCAGCGACGGCACCCGCUACAUCACCAAGAGGCCUGUGAGAGACAAGAUCCUGAGGGAGCGAGCCUUAAAGAUUAAAGAGGAGCGGAGCGGGGGAAUGACCACCGAUGAUGAUGCAAUGAGUGAAAUGAAGAUGGGGAGGUACUGGAGUAAGGAGGAAAGAAAACAGCACCUGGUCAGGGCAAAAGAACAGAGGAGAAGACGAGAGUUCAUGCAGCGUAGUCGGCUGGAAAGCUUGAGGGAAAAUCCUCAGAGCAGCAGUGAGGGUCGCAAGGAAGUCAGCAUUAUAGAGCUCAGCCACAAGAAGAUGAUGAAGAAACGCAACAAGAAGAUCUUGGAUAACUGGAUGACAAUCCAGGAGCUGAUGACUCACGGCACUAAGGCCCCUGAAGGGGCAAAGGUGAACAACGCCUUCCUUUCAGUCACUACUGUAUAAAAUAAACCCCACACACAUUCUACCCCAUGUGGUAUAACAUUCUCGCCUCGUUCAAUGUGGCGUUUUUAUGAGGACAACAGGAAUAUUUUUCACUCUUUGUAACUCAAAAUGCAUUUUGUAAAGAAUUUAUCAUUGGCAUCAUGACAUUUACUGGAUGUUUUUCCAAAACUGUUUUUCACAUCACACUGCAGGAAAAAGUCAUUUUCUAUUAAAUAAUAUCAAUACAAAUAUUUUGUUACUUCACUUUAAACAUGUCUUUUCAAUUCUAUUUUCAUAUUUUUGUUGUAAUCAUAUAACUCAAAACAGCUGUAUGAGAUUUUGGAUUGUUUUCUUUUUCUUAUGUGGAUUUUGUUCAAUUAGUAAUGAUGCAUUAGUUGCGUACCUGUUUUUCAUUCUUGUUUUUUUUUUUUGUUUUUUUUUCAUGAGCCAAAAUCAGUUUAGUCCCACUUUUUGUGGAGAUAGAAAUGAUGUUUCACACUCAGUGCUUUGGCAUGGCCUAGAAAUCCAACAAGUCUUAAAAUUUAACAGUCAACUAUACACAUCAUAACAAUUUGAUAGUUUAAGUGUCUGUAAAUUAAAAUUAGGCACAAACAUUAACUUUUAUGCCACUCAAUGCUUUUACAGCACGUCUGAUAAUUAGUCUCUAAUAAGAACUUUAAGAAUAACCAUGAAAAAUGUAAACAAUGUGAAGUAAACGGUCACCUGCAGUUUUAUUUGUUUAAUUCUCAUGUCAAGAAGCAUUUGCUCAUUUUUUAUAUGUUCCAUUUUUGUCAUUUGUCUCAGUUAAAUGUAAACCUUGACUUUAUUGUUGAUAUUUUUUGUGACCUUCUGUUAAAACUGAUCUUAAAAUACUUAAGUUUUUGUUUGAUUGUGAAUAGAAACUACAGAAUUUCCCUUUUUUUCCCCCUUUUUUUUAUAAUUAGGAAAUCAGACGGGUGAGCAUUACAUUCACUUGCGACUUUGAAAAUGAUAUUUUUAUGCAACCUUCUUUCACUUUAAGUUUUUUUCCUACAUAUUCAACAACAGAUGGACCUGCCUGUAACUUUUACAAACAAUUAUUUUUGCAUAAUUUCUUUACUCAUCAUAGCCUUAAAAGCCAAACCUCAGUGACACGUUGGUGUGGCAAAUUUAUUUCAUACUCAAUAAACUGUAUGUACAUCUCUGAGCAACAGGGAGGUUUUGUUCUGCCUUAUUCAUAAACUGGGUAAUUUGAGUUUCUGAAUUCUGUUUACAGUCACAUUAAACUGGUGUUAGGAUGAUUGCCACUGAGCAGGACUCAGAACACUUUAUAUCUGAUUACAUAAAUGGUUUGCCUUUUAUCAAGUCUUUAUAGUCCCGUAACGUGUACAGUACAGUUUAAUCAUUCCUAAUGCCUCAUUUUUAAUUGAAAUAAUGUAAACUUUAAAUUUCAAACCAAGUCCUGUAUGUUUUGAGUCAAUGUCUGCUGGUCGAAUUUCGAGUAAUGCAUAGGUGGCACAUUUGUAGCAGGUAAAUGUGUGUUAAUAGUGAUCUUUGCAAAAGAAAUGAUAAUAAAUUAUUGUUUUUGGUA